AUGAGCGAUGUGAGGCAGGCCAUCCUUGACGCCCUGGGUGCUGCCGCGGACGCGAACCCAGACAUCCGUCACCAUGGUGAGGCACAGUUACAGCGGUUGAAAGAGAGCCCGGACAUCUUUUUUUCAAGUUGCGCGGAGUUGUUUACGGACGCUAGGGUGCCGACUCGGGGACGGCAACUUGUCGGAUACCUCCUUAAAAAUCAUUUGGCACAUCCAUCGUGUCUGCAGAACAAGACGCUGCAGGUUGCGGUCAUGGAGAGCGCAGUGGUGGACCCGGAGUGCGGCAUACGCGCUGUGGCAUGCGCCAUCAUCAGUGCUGCUGUCAGGGAAGCAUAUUGGCCGGUGCAGCCCGUCGUCAGUUCCCUCACAGGUGUUUUUUCCACACGCAGUGGGGAGUUACACGCCGUUCAUGGCGCAAUGCGUGCAUUGUCGCAGAUUGUUGAUGAUACCGUGCAACUCCUGGACAUGCGGCAACUCACUGGUGUUGUUGUGAGUGCUGUUUUGCCCUAUCUCGGAGCACAAUUUGGAGGGCGAGAGGGCCUGGAGGUGCAGCUAAAGGCAUUAGAUACAGUUUCUGUAGUGCUUGAGCAGGCGGGCUUUGAUUGUAGCAGCUUUUCUUACAGCAGUAUGCGUCCUUAUGUUCUAAAUGUCAUUGAAUCCUGCUUUAUGAAUCUGCAGAACCCGUCUUCUGCUCAGUUGUCCACCAAGUCUGUGAAGUGUCUUGUUUUGUCACUUGGAUACCACGACCUUAUAUCUGACGAGUUGUUUCAUAAAAUAACGAACCUCAUGUCUAUGGCAACAGCUUCACCAGAUGGAACAGAUGAGGACCUUCGCAUUGAGGCAACGGAGUUUUGGCGUGGCGUUUUGUGCUUUCCCAGGUUUGCAUCCCUGGUGGAGUCGACGCUAGAGAACAUCAUUCCCAUACUGAUUCGUUCCAUGGUGUACUCUGAAAUGGAAAUUAGCAUGUUGCAAGCCAGCGCCGAGGACUGGAAUGUCCCUGACAAGAUUGAUGACAUCAGACCAAGGCAUUAUCAGGCACGGGUAAACGAUACUGGCGCCAAUGAUGCGGAUGAUGAUUCCGAUGAUGACGACGGGGAAGUUGAAGAAUGGAACCUGCGGCGUGUGUCCGCCCUGACGCUUGAUUCCAUCGCUGAGUAUUAUGGUGAAAGGAUUAUUUUCACGGUUUUAACUGUAAUUGAGGGUAUGAUGCAACCAAACAACUCAUGGAAAGAGUUGGAAGCCGCUAUAUUGGCUCUGGGGGCUAUCAUGGAUGGCUGUUUUGACUCCAUGACGCCGUAUCUGCCUGAAAUAAGUACGCGGCUACUUCAGUUGCUUGGGGACCCCUCUGUGCACUUCCUCGUUUGGAAUAUUUCACUUUGGACGAUGACGCAGAUUGGAAAGCAUAUUGUUUCCGUGCCGGAGAAAUUGAAAGGCUUUAUAACGUGCGUUCUUCAGAAGAUGGAAAGUCCCUCGAAGCUUGUGCAGGAGGGUGCCACAGCGGCACUGCAGAAGACCAUUGUUCUUUGUGACGAAGGACAGCUUGACAAUGAAAUUCCUUUUAUAAUUGACUGCAUGGCAAGGUGUCUGCGCGGGUAUCAACUCAAGAAUCGUGUGUUGCUGCUUGAAACUUUGGAAACAUUCUGCGAGGCGAUGGGAGAACAACUGCGCGUUAGGCCGGACUCUGUGGAACUGCUGAUGGCACCCCUCGGUGAGAUUUGGGGCAGCACUCCCAACGAUAGUCCGCUUCUUUUCUCCCUGUUUAAAUGCAUCUCUGGUGUCUGCAGGGCACUUGGUGCAGCUGUGCAGCCGGAGUUGGCUAAAAACCUUUUUGAACGCUCUUACUGUUUACUUGUCAUGCAUGUGCAGGCACGCACUGAAGCUCGAAGGACGAAUCAAGAUCCACCGGAGUAUGAGUUUCUCGUGACAGCUGCAGAUCUUUUAUCCGGGCUAUUUGAUGCACUUGGCACGGGUUUGGGACCACUCGUCAUGCAGUGCCAUCCGCCACUUGUUUACACAGUGCUGGAGGCUCUCCGAGACGAGGAUGCAGAGGUGCGUCAGAGUGGCUUUUCACUUCUUGGCGACUUGUCAAAGGUCUGUCCUGUCACCGUGCAGGGCGAACUGGAACGUGUGGUGAAGGCGGCAUUGGAAAACCUGGCGGUUCUAGAUGAAAACACAUAUGGCGUCAUUAGCAAUAUCGGGUGGUGUAUGUGCAAUUUAUUAGAGAAUCAAAUGGAUAUUGAUAAUUUGUCCACGUUGGACGCAGCAAACGGAAUGCCACAGCUGUUUGCGGCGAUGGCCCGUAUUCUUGGAACCGUCUCCCACGCGGCUGAUAUGCGCAACAUGGCGGAGAACUUGUGUAUCUGUCUUGGCCUGAUGCUCUACGCCGAUCCUGGGGUGGAGUCUCAGUCCGGCUGCCAAGUCUCCCUUUUUGCCGACGCGUUUUGUUCGUACAUGCGCAAUGUGAAGGAUGUGCCGCACAAGGAGCAGGCGGUGAGCGGCUUUUUGAUGGCCGUGCGACAACAGUUACCGUUUGUGGUGCUUCGUCUCCACCUCUUUUUUGACCUCGCCCUCUCGCUUGCGUCGUGUCGUGCCGACGUCAAGCGGGCGAUGGGGGAGUUGCUGCAGGCGGCGAGGGCACACGCUGGCGCCCGAUGGACGCAGCAAAUGGCAGAGUACAGCGAGCAGCUCCGAACACGUCUCUACCACGUCUACGGCAUCCAGUGA